AUGGGUUACAACUUCAGAGCACCUGGUAUACUAGAGAGACUGUUCCAAGUGAAGUUAGACACAGGAGGAAAGACAGAGCUCAAGAGAUGUCUGACUCUGUUCCCACUUAUUGUUCAGGGCAUUGCCCACAUGCUUGGAGCAGGGAUAUUUGUGAUAACCCCGGCGAUUGUGCAGUCAAUGGCAGGACCUGCCACGUGUAUCAGCUAUCUGAUAUCCGGUCUAGCUGCUGCCUUGUCCGUGUUAUGCUACAGUGAUCUUGCUGCCAGGUACUCCUGCACUGGUUCCUCCUACGUUUACACUUACUUCUCAAUGGGAGAACUCGCAGCUGCCAUCUCCGGUUUCUUCCUGAUCGGAGAGCUGAUCAUUCAGGCCCCAAUGUUAACCCUGGGACUGUCUGACAACAUCGACAAGUUCCUCAUUAAUGGGACUGUCCAAGAAUGGCAGAGCUCAAACUUUCCUGACUGGUUGCUACACACAGAUCUGAUCGCUAUUGGUAUCAUGCUCCUCUUCAUGGCUAUCAACAUGGCAGGAAUAAAGACAGUGUCCUAUCUCAACAUUGCCAUAGCUGGGGUCUCUGCGAUAUCUCUGCUAACCUUCAACAUAGUGGCGCUGGUGAACGGAGAUGUUGCUAACCUCUCCAGAGUGGUUAAUCCAGCGGACGGCAGGACGGGGUUCGCUCCGUUCGGGUUCAGCGGCAUCAUGACGGGAGCGGGGACUGCUUUCUUCGCAUUCGUGGGGUUGGAGUCAGUUGUGACUCUAGCGGAGGAGUCCGUGGACCCUAAACGGGAUCUCCCUCGGGCUACCAUGGGCUCCUUCCUGAUAGUGCUGGUUCUGUACGUGGUAACAGCUUUCUCCAUCGCUUUCAUUGAACCGUGGUAUGAGGUCGGGGGAAACACAGGUCUUAUUGGAUCUCUCAAACGUAAAGGACUGACACUACCACAGUACGUAGUAACAGCGGGGCUGAUCUUCACAGUAUUCUCGUGCGGACUCUGCACUGUAACUACAGUAGUCCGCGUAGUGUACUCCGUGGCGGAGGACGGCCUGCUGUUCCCCUUCCUGAACAGUGUCUACAAGAGGACUCAGGUGCCCAUGUGGAACGUGGUGGUGUGCAGCGUGGUGGGGAUACUGUCCAGUAUCGUGUACGAGUUCGAUACCCUCAGUCACAUGAUCUCGGGUGGAACCCUGACAGUGUUUGUGAUCACAGCGUUAGCAGUAAUGAUCCUCUCCUACGACCUAACGGACCCAGAUAUGGAAGAAACCGAGGAAACUCCACUGACCGCAGAGAAGACUCACGCCAGAAAACAUCUCUUCAUCAUCUUCAUGUGUGUCUUCCUGCUGGCCACCAUCGUGUUGGCAUUCCUCACUGCAUUCCUCGAACAGUCCACUGCAGUGAUUGUUUCAGAGGUGGUCCUUGCUAUCAUCAUGAUAGUCAGUCUCACUCUCAUCAGAUGCAAGAUUCCUUUAAAGGCACAAGAGGAGGACGGGACACUGUCUUUUAAAAGUCCGGGUAAACCGUUUGUUCAGGGGUUCUCAGUCUUUGUAAACCUCCUGCUUCUCUUUCAUCUGGAGGUGGUAGCCUUGAAACAGCUGGUUAUCUACUGCAUUGUCGGGCUCAUAAUCUACUUCGGGUACGGGAUCUUCUUCUCCAAGAUCACCGCGGAGAAGCAGAAACGGUUGAGUUUGAAGGAGAUUAAGUUGGACGACACAGGCGAAAGUUCUGUCAGAUAAUCUUUGUUAAUCAUUUUAGUUUGAUUAUUUACACAUAUUGUACUGGGAAUUUUCACGCGUAAUUUGAGCAGAAAAUUGAUACUUUCUCUUAGGGCCAAUAAAUUUGGUUACCAUAAUUUUGGUUACCAUAAUGUUAGUAACAAAUUUCGCAAAUUGUUAGUCUACAACAACUUUAGUCAAAUUUUUCGACUUUUCGAGACCAUUUUCCAUUCCAUUUACCUUAAGAACGACAAAUUUAGUCUACUUUUGAGGAUUCUCCUUUUUCUGCGGGAUGAACAGAAAUAGGGGCUUGUGUGGAAUGAAUAAAGAUCUAUCCAUAUUUAUGUACAUAAUUUGAGUUGUUAUUAAUUGAUUUUUGUUUCACU